AUGAAAACCGUUUUUGAUGAUAAUAAGUUGAUGGAUGAAUUUGAGAAUGAAGUGUCAAUGCUUGACAAAUUUAGGUGUGAGUAUAUCGUCCAUUUCUACGGCGCCGUGUUUAUUCCAAGCAAAGUGUGUAUGGUCACUGAGUUUGCACAAUAUGGGAGUUUACAAGACUUGAUGAAACACAAAACAAGUGAUGAAGUUGUCAUGAAAUUGCGACUCAAAUUUAUGAUUGAUGCAGCAAAGGGAAUAUCAUAUUUACAUGAAAACGGUAUAUUACACAGAGACAUCAAACCAGAUAAUAUUCUUGUGUUUUCAUUUGAUCUAAAUAAUAAAGUGAAUGCAAAAUUGACUGAUUUCGGGUCAAGUAGAAAUAUAAACAUGUUAAUGACAAACAUGACAUUCACAAAAGGUGUUGGAACACCAAAAUAUAUGGCACCUGAGGUUUUAAACAAAGAAAAGUACACAAAAAGCGCCGACGUAUAUUCGUUUGGUGUAUCUUUAUUUGAAUGUGUUAUAUGGAAAGAACCAUAUUUGGAUAAACAAUUUAAGUUUGCAUGGGAUAUCGUCGAUUUUGUUGUGAGUGGAAAACGUUUAAAAAAGCCAUAUUAUUUAAACAAUGACAUAUACAACAUUGUGAAUGAUAUGUGGUGUCAAGACGUUGGUAAAAGAAUAAAAAUGAACGACGUGGUAUUAAAACUGGAAAACAUCAACAUAUAA